UUUAAUGAUACAAAGCAUAAAUGUUGUGGCGAAAAUGUUAUUAACCUGGACCUUUUUAGUGUGUAAAAUGUUUGCUUGGUACAUUAAAAACACAAUAUUUGUAUCUGAAAAUUGUAUUCUGGGGGAAUAUUAAUGACAUUACUAACCUCUUGACUUACAGUACACACUGUAGUAAUGGGGGCCAAUUGUGACCUCAGAGAGGUAUGUGAAAAUUGUGACACAUUACACUUAGUACACAUUACGGAGGGCGGGGCGCAACGUGACCUCGCGGGCGCCAUGUAAAAAAAAACGAUGUAGAGGCCGGCCGCCAUUUUAGAUAGGUCUUCUUCGCCCACUUGGGCCCAGUGCACUCAUUUCUACAGAGGAACGUGAUAAAUAAAAACACAUAUGGUUUGGCAUGAUAAUUGAAAUAUAAAUAUAAUUAAACAAAACAAAAUUUAAUAUAAAAAUCUAUCGGUUAAACGUUUGACCCCGCUCACUGAAACCACUGAAACUGAAACCGCUGAGGAGGGUGUGUGACUGUGACAGAGAGAAGUAGCACGCAGAAUGGAGGAGAAUUCUCUGCUGAAGGACGCCUUUGAGGCAGCAAGGUGGUGUGGCACCAGAUCCUUCAGAGGAAAACUUUCCCUUCCCCAGGUCAUCACCAUGGACAAGGAAGUUUCCUAGAGGGCGGUACAGAUGUUGCACGUGUGACGGCCUGGAUGACGAUGAUGAGGAGCUUAAACAUGUGAGGGAACCGUUCCUGUUCACUUUUAGUUUGCAGGAAGACUACGAGGAGUUCUGUGUUGAACUUUGUGGCAAGAGGAAGAUAGAAUAGAAUAGAAUAGAAUAGAAAACUUUAUUUGUCAAUUUCUUCAAAUGUGCUUGUCAUACAAAGGAAUUGAAAUGACGUUUCACACUGUCCCAUGCGUAGACAUUGACAACAUAAAGUGCAGAUGCACAACAAAAACAUCCCUAACAAUAAGGUAAUAUUAAAUAGGUAACAGGAUAGACAAGACCUAACCUAUGAACAAAUAAAUUAAAUAAGGUGUUCCAACAGUGUUCCCUGGAAGUAGUGACUGAAGUUUGGCAGCAAACAUCUGAUUAUUCUGGUCUGAUUGGACUUUGCCCGAGUGGUUAUUCUUUUCUUAGCCAGCCCCGGGGUUCUGGUCGUGGUGGAGGCCUAGCUGUUGUUUUCAGAGACCAUCUUCCAUGUAGCUCUAUAACCUCUGGUCACUUUGCUUCCUUUGAACUGCAGCUGAUUAAAGUCGGGCGUAAGGACCCGUUCUACUGUGCUUUGGUCUAUCGUCCACCUGGUCCAAACAGUUCUUUCCUUCAGGAGUUUAGUGACUUUCUAUCCUCCACUGUGAUGCUGUCCAGACUGGUGAUUGUUGGUGACUUUAACAUCCACGUUGAUGAUCCCUCCGAUCACUUUGCCGUUACACACCUGCUUAGACUCUAUCAAAACCUGGAUGGUGGGAGCUUUCUUCAGCUGAAUGAAGAUAAGACUGAGAUCCUCAUCUGUGCCCCAGACAAGCUGGUUCCCAAAGUCAGAGACACUCUUGGUCAGCUUGCUUCCCACACCAAACCUUCUGUCAGGAAUCUUGGUGUGACCUUUGACCCAGCUCUCACCCUGGAUUCUCAUGUCAGUUCUCUUGUUCGCUCUUCCUUCUUCCAUCUCAGGAACGUUGCUAAGCUGAGUCCCAUUCUGUCCCGCUCUGAACUUGAGACAGUUCUCCACACCUUCAUCUCCUCACGCUUAGACUACUGUAACUCUCUUUUCACGUGUCUGAGUAGAGCCUCCCUGAACCGUCUACAGGUGGUUCAGAAUGCCUGUGCUCGGCUUCUGACCAAGUCCUCCAAACACACCCACAUCACCCGCUUCUCCUCCAGCUUCACUGGCUGCCAGUCAACUUCAGGGUUCAUUUCAAGAUCCUGGUUCUGGUCUAUAGGGCCUUACAUGGACAAGCACCAUCUUACAUUGGUGAUCUUCUUAGUCCCUACACCCCCAGCAGGUCCCUGAGGUCCAGUGAUCAAAGCCUACUGGUUGUGCAGCACCAGGCUAAAGACCAAAGGUGACAGAUCAUUUGCUGCUGUGGGCCCCAGACUCUGGAAC